ACUGCUCGCCUUGUUUGCGACUUCGAUCACAGCCAUGGAUCCCACAAAGCCCACCACCACCAAACCAAUAUCAGUUACAACCGAAGUCAUAGAAUCGGCGAAGGAUCCCCAAGCAAAUGUGGCUACAGGAUCGACCCCGAUGGAUGGCGCCACUGAGCGACCCACGGCACAAUUCGAUAUGAUGGCACAACGUAUGGAUAUCAGCAGUACGCAAGGCGAAAACGAUGAGUAUCACUAUUUGUGCACAGUGGGCAAAAGUCGUACACAAAAUGUGAUGUGCUUUACUGAGGACAAUACGCACUGGGACUCGCCACACAACGUGAACCUGAAACUUCGUUGUCCCAAAUCGGGUACCGGCUAUGAGAUCGCAUUCGCUCAAGUGGAUGUCUGGAUGACGUCUGAUGAUUUGGUGUGUCGCGUGACUGAGGGUGGUGUGGGUUAUGGAUAUAUCGGACUACAGCUGACCGCCUACAAUACGAAUGAGUUCCGUUAUAUAGCGGAUGUGUUUUCGGUUUGA